AUGUCCACCAAGCCAGUCGUGAAGUCGACCGUGCCGACGCAGGAUCAGGUCCUCGUCCCAGAGACGCUGUUGAAGAAGAGAAAGAGCCAGGAGAAGGCCCGGGAGCAGCGUCUCGCUGAGCUCGAGAAGAGAAAGAAGGCCAACAAGGAGAAGCGCGCCGUCAUCUUCAAGCGUGCCGAGAGCUACGUCAAGGAGUACCGCGAUGCCGAGCGUGAGAAGAUCAGACUCGCUCGCUUGAGCAGGCAACAAGGCAACUUCUUCGUUGAUGAGCAACCCAAGCUGGUGUUCGUCAUCAGAAUCAAGGGUAUCAACAAGAUUGCCCCCAAGCCGCGCAAGAUCCUCCAGCUCCUCCGUCUUCUCCAGAUCAACAAUGGCGUCUUCGUUAAGUUGACCAAGGCCACCCAAGAGAUGCUCACCAUUGUCAACCCGUACAUUGCCUACGGCUACCCCAACCUCAAGUCCGUUCGUGAGCUCGUCUACAAGCGCGGUUACGGAAAGAUCCACAAGCAGCGCGUUGCCCUUACCGACAACCAGCUUAUCGAGGACAACCUCGGCAAGUAUGGCAUUGUGUGUGUGGAGGAUCUGAUCCACGAGAUCUUCACUGUUGGACCAAACUUCAAGCAAGCCAACAACUUCCUGUGGCCCUUCAAGCUCUCCAACCCCAACGGCGGCUUCCGUACCCGGAAGUUCAAGCACUACAUUGAGGGUGGUGACACCGGUAACCGGGAGGAGAACAUCAAUGCUUUGAUCAGACAGAUGAACUAA